CAAAACAUGUCUGCGUCCAGGCGUAUGACAUGUGUCGUCGAGAGCCGCAUUGUACCGCUGUCGAAAUUAAUGACGUUACCUGGCAUACUUCUCUUUUGCUCCUUUGUCGCUAAUAGUGAUUAACAUGUCAUUUUUUCAGAGGGUAGUAAGCAAAGGUUCAGCAGAAAAAUUCUACUUGAAAGUAACCAUAGAAUUUGAGAACCCAGACACAAUCCUAAAUCCUGUGGAAUUCAGGGCUCUUGUUUCUAAGGCUGUGCGCCAGCUGUAUGGUGAGACUGGUGCCUCCAUUCCUGUGGAUGUACUACGAUACCAGGACAUCACAAAAGAAGCUAUACUGCGAGUACCAGGAAGAUCGCUGGUGAAAUGUUGGAGUGCUUUGACUCUCUUAGGGGAGUAUGCACAAGAGAGUUGUGCAAUCAGAGUGAAUCAGGUCUCUCCCCAACUUUUGGCCUUGGCAGUAGACAGUAGACACUUCUUCCAAGACUUGCCAAACUGAGCUGUACCUAAACAGGUAUUUUAUUUACAUAAAUGAAUGAGGAAGACUUUGAAGAACACAGAAUUCCUCAAGGUUAGAAAUGCAUGCCAAAACAUCAUUUGAUUUUGAAGGUUUGGAUCAACCACUCCAUACCAGAGAACAUGUUGAGCCCUCAUAUUCUGCAUGACAAUUUCAUAAAGGGCAUUUAAACAUAAUCAACUGAUGUAAAGUACAUGUAAAUUCACAGUAGUAGAUAGAUCCCACUGGUUUUGUACACACACCCAUGGUAAGGUAUAUAGUGCUGGCGAUACUGAUUACUUUUGUAGUCGAUUUUUUCCCCAGACCUACAUGUACAUGUACGAUAUCACAGUGAGCUGCAGAGAACUUUUGCACUCCGUUAUGCCGUUCCACAUGUGGAAAUAAUAGACUUCGCAUCAUUUCAUGGUUUGCAUAUCAACAUACUGUACUGUUAGAUUUUCAAACACAGCAUGUAAGCAUGAAUACAUGUAUCUAAGAAAUUCACAGUGGUGGAGCCGUGGAUUUACAGCAAACUGGAAAUAAAUCAAUAAGAAGUCCAUUUUUUUAUCUCAAAAAAUUUAUUACAUAAAAAGGCAGCAGUGAAAUAACCUUAAGACUGUUUGUUUUGUCCACGAUUGACACAAUAAAAAAACACAAGGUUUUUUACAUACAUGUAUUAUCGAUUCUUACCAAGUGGACUUUAUAAAAACCUUUUCUUUUUUUUCUUUCUUUUGAAACAAAGUAUUGGAAGACACAACUGAUGCAGCAGGAUUUGUUGAAAGUAUCUUCCUGAACAAAUUUGGGAAAAAAAAAACAAUGUUGAAAUGUUACCAUUAUACCUAGAUGAAGUUGAAGACAGUUUUUUCUCAAUUCAGUACCUCAUCAAGUUUUGAGAAAUAACUUCAACUCUAUUCAAGUACAUUUUUU